AUGUUUUACAGAGGCGCAUGCACCUUCCUGGAUCAUCAAGCAUGUGACGAGGUGUGUAAGACGGACAACUUCUGGUACGGCCAUUGUAUUGGAUGGGAUGGCUUCAAUUUUAGCUGCAAAUGCUACGAAUAUCUCGCUCCGUUGGAUGGGAAAAUUUGUGAAACACGGCAAAUGGCUUGUUCGGAGAAAUGCAAAGAUCAGGGUUCCGAAGGCGGUUUCUGUUUCCCUCAAAUGGAUUCCCGUAAAUCCCUCCGUACCGCCUGUGAAUGCUUCAAAAAACUGCAAGUUUUGAGACGAAAGAAGAGAAGUGUCCGAAGAAGUUAUCAACGCGUUGUUUAA